GUAAGCGCCACAAAAGGUAACAAACUUUGUUUAAAGUAUUUCUGAAAAAUACUACAUUGCUGGCAUCAGUUGUAUAUAUAUAGACGCACACAGACAUAGCAAGCAUGUCUGAAUGGGUGUCGACCUUCCCCGGGAUCACACAAGUGCUUAGCACGGCAAAAAAAGUGUUUGGACGGAUUAUAAGAACCGGACCAACCCCAAGACAUGUGGGAGUUAUUAUGGAUGGGAAUAGAAGAUAUGCCAAGACACAUAAGAUCGAGUUAAAAGAGGGCCACAACAUGGGCUUUGAGAGCAUGGCCAACAUCUUGGAACUUCUCUACGAAUCUGGAGUUGAAUGUGUGACCGUGUAUGCCUUCAGUAUAGAAAACUUCAAAAGACUGAAGUAUGAAGUAGAAUGGCUUAUGGAAUUGGCUAAACUGAAGUUACAACAAUUGUGUCAACACGGAGACUUGUGUGAACAAUAUGGGAUUAGGAUCAGGAUCCUUGGUAACACUAAAUUACUUCCACAAGAUGUGCAAGAGAUAUUAAAGGAAACAGAAACCAUGACUGCCAAUAAUAAGCGAGCAGUGUUGAAUGUGUGUUUCCCAUAUACAUCGAGGGAUGAAAUGACCAAUGCAGUGGUGCACAUAGUUGGGGAUUCGACCAAGACUCCACAAUUGGAAAUCACAGAACAAUUAGUCGAUGAUUAUUUGUAUACCAAAGAUUCACCUCCAUUGGAUAUUUUAGUAAGAACUCUGGGAACCUACAGACUAUCGGACUUCUUAUUGUGGCAAUGUGUUCCUCUGACGUGUGCAGUUGUGUUUGUUGACCGACUUUGGCCCGACUUUAGAGCAUGGGAUAUGUGUAAAAUCAUGAUAAAUUGGGGGUUCAAUAUGUAUUGGUAUGGCCAUGGAAAUGGAGUGAUUCCAACAUCAACACAGAAUCGAUUGUUGGGGGGAAAUGAUGUUCAAAGAAGACUGUCUAUACAACAUUCCCGUCCUCUGAAUAAAAGACGUAGUGGUAGCUUUGAUUUGGUACGUGGGGUUAGAAGCGGAGCUUCUGGAUAUAAACGAUAUGGAGAUGAAGAAGAUGAAGAAGAUGAUGAAGAUGAUAGCAACGAAGAAGACGAUAGUAAUGAAGAAGACGAUAGUAAUGAAGAAAGUGGCGAUCAAGACGAAAGUAAUGAUGAAGAUGAAGAUGAGGAAGAAUAGAGACAUUUAACAGAUUCUAGUUUCAUUGUCAUGACUAUAUAUUUUGACUCUUUACAUCUGUGACUCUUUCCAUGUCCAAACUCUUUCCACUUUCUCAAGCACUCUUACUUCAUUUCAAUUACAUAGCCAUAACCAAUUGGCAAAUAAAAAAUGCAUAUUAUAUAAUCAGAAUAAAUAAAAGUUCAACCAGAUCAAUACCACAUCAAAUUAUUU